GUCGUGGACGUUGAUUGAACAUUUGCGACUUGUUGAAAAUUGUGAAAAUAUCCUGAGUGCGUACUACUAAUGUAACGACGCAGCAACGCUACAGGCAAAAUGCUAGCUCAAAGACCAGAGGGCCAGAACGAAGACGACUCCACGACCAUGAGCAGCCCCACCCCAGCAGUUCCCACCAAGCUCUCUGUCGGCAUCCAGAAGCUGAAGAAAACGUUUUUCACGCCAACCGUCGUGGCGACGGUGGUUCUCCUCUGGGUCGUGGUCGUUUCAAAACUUGUCGUGGACAGGAUCGAAAAUGCGAAGGGUGUUUCUGGAGCAGCGUUUACGUUCAAAUGGCGAGAACACGAGCAGCACUCCGGAAAGGAGCGUAUGGCAGCACUUUCUACAAAGACAAAUCUCCGCAGCGGCACGACCAAUUCAGUGGCGAGCGCAGCAGCGGAGAAAGAUUCGCAGCCUGCACCGGACUCAUCCACAUCAGAGCCGUCUUCUUCGUCACACCCCCUGGCCGCGGUUCUGUCCCUGCACCCCUCUAGUGCAACCCGGAAGAGCAUGACGAGCGGUUUCAAGAAGACCAGUUUUCGAAAGCCGAAACCCGGUGGAGGUGCAGCUGCUGCAGCGCCAGUGCCGGCAGCCGCGACUGCGUCGGAAAGUUCGCGGCUCAAGGCCGCGAUUGACGAGAGUGGCAGCAUGACGGACGCAGUAGAGGAGGGUGCCGCGGAGAGUCAAACGACGAGCUUCUCAAGCAGCUUCUUGGCGCUGACGGUCGAGACGAAGACGACCAUGUCGGAGAAGAAAUCGAGCACGGAGAGACCCCCAAGCCAAGGUGAUGUUGACAUGGUUGGCGACGAAAAGGAUACAGAAAAAGAUAGAAAAAACGCACCACAAUCAGCAGAAAAGGAUCAAGCCCCUGAGUCAGCACAACGAGAAGCAUCGAAGACGAAUGCAGAUGACGAAAGCAAGGAAGCUGGCGACGACGAGAGAAACAAACCAGGCGCUUCCGGAAAGCCCCAGGCCGCGGCUGACACCACCAGCAACAUUCACAACAACUUCAUUCGUGGUGAGAAACUUGCUCUCCUGAUUUUCUGCGUCGUGAUUCUCUUCGUUGUGCUCCGAGAGCUGCAGAUGAAGAUUUCCGAAAAGUUGAAGAGCUCCGGCCACGCAGCGCUGCUCGACGUUUUGCGCGCCAGCUGCUCCGCGAUCUUUCCGUUCACGAUUUUGGUGUUUGCAACUCUGAUCAUUCUGAACAGCGACAGUCACGCGUUUUCACAUUUCAAGUCUAGAAAUUUUCUCACGAGUGCCACUUCGGGAGAACGGGUGGCAGUUGACUCAACGACAAACGAGGCGUCUGUGCCUGAUGUCACCCGCACGAUCAUUUUCUUCGCGACCGCCUUCCAUGGCUUUUACUUCUUCAUGGUGUUUGCGGUCUUGCUUCUCGCCACGAGGCAAAACUGCGAGUGGCGGUUGGUGGAACAGACCUGGGUCCCCCAUCUCUUCGACGAAAAAAUGGGAAAAGCUACCCCUGUGAAGGACUACGUGUCUGUCAAGAGAGUUCUGGAGUAUCACUGCACGAGACGGGAAUUCUUCUACCCGUAUUCCCAGGAACUAGUGCUCGCGGACAGGGGUGACAAACAAGGAGGUGAAACUGGUGCUGGUGGCGGGACAAAUUCAAGUACAGCGUCUCCAUCAGCGUCACAACAUCUGAACCUGCGGCCCCACCCCGAGGUGUUUCCCUUUCACAAGUACCUGCGCCGGCAUUUGAUGCAAAAUUUGCUGAUCGAUUUGAUCCACAUUCCGCCUUUCUUACUGCUCCUGUACGGGAUCCUCUUCACGCUUUUGGCCGAGCUGUGGCAGAAGGUAGUAGCCAUGAUUGCGGGGGGUGCCACAGCCGUUAUCGCCGGCAGCGGAAACAACAACAGUGCAAAAACUUACGUGAGCGGCAGGGUUCUCCUCCUCGACAUUACCACCCUCGGCCAGUUUCUCAUCGUACUCACGCUGUUCGGCGUUUACCGACACCUCCGGAAAGUUAACCGGUGGCUUUUGCCGACGAACCUCCCCCCACAGGGGAAUAAGAACAGGAAUAAAGAUUUUGAUGAGUUCUAUUGGAACAACCAAGCACAACAGCCGAAGUACCUCACCAGGCCCUUUAAAAAGAUCCGGAAGACGGCGAUGUGCGGCUUGGCGAAGUAUUUUCAUGGCACCAUCCAUCCCUCAAAACACGAGAGCCUGUUUUGGUUCUCCCGGCAGGGACCCCUGAACAUUCUGCAGCCGCUGCAGUUGGCGUUCUGGUUCCAGAUCGUGUUUUACGCGAUCUGCUUAACCCUCGCCUUGUUUUUCGACAACACUGCAGCCGGCGGAGCGGUGGAUGAUCACGAGAAGGACUACGCCGCUGCCCCGUGGUACACGUUCCCCUCCGCUAGUUUUCACGUGCUGUGCCAACUAUUUCUCGUCCUUGUCAGUUUGCUGAUGCUGUGGCCACUGAUCCUACCGCUGUGGACGAUCGCAACCGGAACGGGAGAACUGUUAGACGAGGAGGCGAUAGACGCAGUCGCGCUCGAAGAAAAGGGGCGGCUGGUAAUGAGAAGUUGCCAUAUUAUGCGUUUCAUAGAAGUAAAGAAAGAUAGCAGCUUUGUUUGUAGUUGAUCUCUCCAAAAAAUAUUGUUGCCCAAAGAAUCAACCAUCGAUAAAAUUGUGAAGGAUCACGGUCAGAAAAAUAAUCAUCAGGUUUCCCUGUACAAGCCUUUGGCCGGCGAACUGCGCACCCAGGCGCGUCUCCGUGCGCUUCGCAACAUGGAGCUCGACGAGUAUGAGGACUGGCGGGCCGAGCAGGAGCAGAAAAUCGAGAUCGCAAUCGACGGGCAAACCGCCGAGACGAUCGCCAGCGCAUUUCAGGAAGUGGACGAAAACGACUACGCGCCCGCGUUUUUGAUGCUCGGUGGCGGUUUGGUCACCGCGGACGAACAAUUGGCAAAUGAAUUGGCGGAGAAUCUUAGGGAGGAAAACCGGAGCCGCCGACUAGGAUCCGAAAAUUUUUUUUGCACGAGCACACAAAUAGUUGCGUUUGGUCGGUAUGAACCCUGGGGCGGCUCAAGUCAUCGCUUCGCAUUCAGAAAGUACAGCGACUGUGCGAAUUCCCGCCAAGAGGCGCAGUCAUUGCCCUAAAUUGUUGCGAUGGCAGGGGGCCCCUUCAGACAACACCCAAAGCAUCAGUAAAAACUGGGCGCCCGCAAGUAGCGCAAGCACUUGCGCCACCUGGCUGAGCUGCCUCAUAGUGGUGGCCGCCUCGGCCGCGGACCCCGCCCCACCGUUUGCGCCACCGGCUGCCGGCCAAGCGCGCCGCCCCGCGCGCGCCCCGCCCCCGCAGGGCUUUUGCCGGCCGCCUCUACCCGGGCCCAUGCUGCCGUCCGAAGGUUUGGGCCCCUCCCGAGAUUUCCCCGGAUCCGGGACAAAUCCGGGAUGUUUUUUGGGCCAGAUAUUUUCCAGGAAUUUUCGCCAGAUUUCGGCCAGAUUUGACAAGGAUUUUGUUGGAAUGUAGGCGGGGGACGACUACAAAAUUUGAAGCGGAUUUGCCGGGGAUUUCGCGCCAAUCGGCCCCCCGGAAGGGGGCAAAUCCUGGGCCAAACCGGGGAAAUUUCCGGGAAUUUCCGGCCCUCCCGGAUUUGGGCCAGAUUUGAAAGGGAUUUAUUUUGUUGGACUGUAGGCGGGGGACGGCGUGGAAAUUUGGCCCGGAUCUGGCCCCGGCCCGGACCAGGCCGUCCCCCGCCCCAGCGCAAGUCUCCCGAGCUCUUCCGACCGGGCCCGCUUCCGUCGGAUGGUGGGGGGCAACCAGAGAAAGGCCCACUCUUGCCAAGAGAGGCAAGACAUGAUGGACAUUGAUGGGCAGGACAUGUUUGCUGGCACUUUCAAACAAGGGCCGCCAACAUCGCAGGACGAUGAUGGCGAAGAUUGGAUGUAAAGACGAUGAAUGAAGGGGAAAAAAAGGAAAGAGCUAUGACCGACCAAAAACAACUAUUUGCGUGCUCGUGCAAAAAAAAUUUUCGGAUCCUAGUCGGCGGCUCCGGUUUUCCUCCCUAAGAAACUUAUCAAAUGCUAAUAUGUCUGGGUCUGGAAGAAUGCAACUUGUGAUGCGCAUUUCAGAACACAGAAAAGUCUCUCAUGCAUAGGUAGCAAAAGCUAAAGCUGCCCACUUUCUGUCACCAAAAUGGGGAAUUUGUCAUGCGGAUUCGGCAUUGCGUUUGCGGAAGCUUCUCGAAACCUGUCAUGCUAGAGCUUCCAUGCCAGACCUUCUGCGUCAUGCAAAAACAGCAUGACUCUUCUAGACCCAGACACUUUUACAUUUGAUAAAACUGCGGGAAUACAGUGCCAUUUUUGCAGAGAAAAGACAGCUGCUGCCAUCUUCCGCGGACGAGGAAGAUGGCACCGCGCGGAAGAGUAGUAGAUUGUCCACAGAAGUGCAGGUCACGGUGGAGCUGUUGCUAACCGAUGUGUUGCUCUUCCUGUGUCUAGAAGUCGACGAAUUUUUCCCGGAUUGCUACAUACCGAUAUUAAAAUCCUCGCCCUCGUCGUCGUCCCAGGUGGGUGGACAGAAGCAGAAGAUGUCAAAGGCAAAAACCACGAGGAACCGAGACGACGCGUUUUUGAUGCAGCAUUACCUGCAGGAAGAAGUUUUAUUCACGAAAAAUAGCAGUAGUGAGAGUUUUUUCCAGGUUCAGGAACUGAAUUUCUCCUCUUCUGCCACCCGGGUGCAGGUGGAGGAGCUCGGGUUGGCGCUGCAGCCCGUCUUGACGAAGUGCAACCUGACGAAUUUGCGCGACAUUGACCGCAUUUUUCGACUCGUGCAACCACCUCCGGGUAGUUCGAUGCAGAAUGAAGAUUCAGCUGUUACAUUCGGUGGGGACGUCGAGCAGAACAAGAAGUACGGCUCCUCGCAAGUAGCGAACUGUAGUCCGUAUUUGAUCUACACUCCGUCGACCAUCAGUGUCUCUCAUUUAGCCAUGUGGUUGACGCAAUUUUUGAACAACGGUGCGGGUCGUGCGAGCAAACUGUACCAACACGAGGACAGUACGUCGAUUGCAGCAGGAGUGGUCCCAGGAACUACGAACAGGCAAAGCAAUUCCAACCCGUUCUUUGGCAACAUCAGGAACAACGACCAGCAGUUUUCCCUGUUCAGCUUGUACAAUCAUGGGUCUGCAGCUGGUGGUGACAACACGCCACCCUUGCCGCCCAUCCAAACCAGGGGCAGCGGCCGCAGCCGCCCGCUGGUGCUGCCCCUCUCGGCAAACAGCUUGAACGGCGGGAAGUUACCCUCCAUCCCGACGCCGGCAAUGAGCACAGUGUCCCGGGAGAAAGCACGGGCAAGACGCAGUUCCGUGGGCGGAAGUAGGACCAGCAGCGCCUUACAGUUACAACCAGGGGGGAUGUUAGGAGCAGUGAACCAGCCGGCUGCUAGUACUUCUUCUUCAUACGGCUUUGAUACAACAGGAAAUGGCGCAGGAGAUGAUCAACUUGUGGACCCGACAAAGCCCAUACGGGGCGUCCCAGCAGUUAGUGGUCCACCGGAACAAAGUAGACAAGAGAAAGAUCCUCUCGAUCCACCGCUGCCAGUCCCUGUUGUGGACUUUGGCGGCAGUCAGUCAGCGGCUGUUAUUCCGUCUGUCGUGAUGAAGCCCGGAGGUGCUUCAUCUUCAUCUUCCACAAGAAAUCCGGCCUUGAAGAUGGAGGCCGUGGUGGAAACGAGUGCGGCAAAUAAAGUGGUGGCGCCCUCGUUGCGUGACAACAACCGCCGUCGGUCUUCCGCGUUCGCAAAAGCCAUCACGAAUAACUCGGCUACUUCCUCCCCGAAAGGUGUGAAUCCAAUUACUUCUUCUACUACCGGUGCAGGAGCUGGAACUCCAGCGUUCAGCUCCACAUCCUCCGGCGCGCCAAAAACAGUCAACCUUCUCGUACCAGAAGCAGACCAAGUGCCAACAGUCGUGCCCGGAGCGAAAACAAUCCGCGGCACUUCGUCUGCCGUUGGUAGCAACAUCAACGCAACUACCUUUUCCAAUCGUCCGGAAAGCUACGCUAUCUACACGCCGGAGCCUAGCAAGGGCGCGGCUAGUAUCCCACGGGUGGAUCUGUCGGAAAGUAGCAGGUCGUCGGUGGUGCCGGGCUCCAGUGGCAGUAAGCAGAGUGUUGGGAGCAGUGGCAGAGGACAGGCGAACACGUCGGAAGAAGAGACCACAACCACAGCAGCGGUGCCGAGGACCGAAGUGUAGAAGUGGAGCAGAGUUCUUAUUCUUCAUCUCGAAGGUAUGUCCUCUAGCGUUUUGGAAUGUGGUUUCAGAUUCAGAGUGGAAACAUGAUACUAUUUCCGAUAAUAUGCACAGGGGCGGGCGCAGAAGAUCAUGCGCUCGUCUUCGUUGAAAAUGAAUGAAAACGCAACAACACGACUUAUACUGGUGUGUUGCAGCGAUAGCGAAAUAAAAGAUGAGUAUAAUCAAACACAAUAAGAACAAAUCUUCCAUCGUGAGAACGUGAUUUCGCCAUCUUGUAUUCAAAAGUCGAGAAGCGCACCGAGCAGCAGCGCUUUUCAAGAAAGAGGACAUUAUACUGAAAAGAAAUACUAUGUAUAGCACUGAAUGUAUAAUUUGAUGUAGCAAAGAUAAGUUUGAAUUUCAACAACUGUACGAAUCACAAACACUAGAUGUAGAUACGCGACUCAGGUCGAGUAGACCGAGUGUCAUCGAUCAACUAACAACCGAAGAAAAAAACGAAUGUACAAAAUUGACGUCGUGCAACAAGAUAUCUUGUAAA